GUGACACUGGUCACACCAUUUGCGUUCUCUCCAAAGACCAGAACACACUAAAAGCAUCUCAAAAAGAAAAGAAUCUAUACGAAAGUGCAGAAACUGGAAUGUUCGCACUCUUCCCCCGCUCAAGCGCCAUGUCAUGCGCUACUGCAAUUUUCUCUUUGCCAUCAUCGUCUUCCCUGCUCCCCAAAAACCCUAGUUUGUCACUUUCUUCAAAUUCCAAAUUCUUCAAUAGAGUCUUCCUCAAUAACUCUCAAUCCAAUCGCUUCACCAAAGCCUCUCUUCGUUGCUUCGCAUCCGGCACUCCUAUGCAGAAAGUCCAAGUUCAUAACCCCAUCGUCGAAAUGGAUGGCGAUGAAAUGACUAGGAUCAUUUGGAGAAUGAUUAAAGAGAAACUUAUUUUUCCCUAUCUGGAUUUAGAUAUAAAGUAUUUCGAUUUAGGGAUUUUGAAUCGUGAUGCAACUGAAGAUAGAGUUACAGUAGAAGCUGCUGAAGCGGCUCUUAAGUACAAUGUUGCUGUAAAAUGUGCUACUAUAACUCCUGAUGAGGCCAGAGUCAAGGAAUUUGGAUUGAAAUCUAUGUGGAGGAGUCCCAAUGGCACAAUUAGAAAUAUUCUAAAUGGUACUGUCUUCCGUGAACCAAUCUUAUGCAAGAACAUUCCCAGAAUUGUUCCUGGUUGGAAAAAACCAAUUUGUAUUGGUAGACAUGCCUUUGGAGAUCAGUAUCGUGCCACUGAUACUGUUAUUAACGGGCCAGGAAAGCUCAAAAUGGUCUUUGUCCCAGAAAACGGGGACAACCCAGUGGAGCUCAAUGUUUACGAUUUUAAAGGUCCUGGCAUUGCGCUUGCUAUGUACAAUGUUGACAAGUCUAUUCGAGGUUUUGCUGAAUCAUCAAUGUCACUGGCAUUUGAGAAGAAAUGGCCUCUUUACCUGAGCACCAAAAAUACAAUUCUCAAGAAAUAUGAUGGCAGGUUUAAGGACAUAUUUCAGGAGGUAUAUGAAGAAAAGUGGAAGCUGAAAUUUGAAGAACAUUCUAUAUGGUAUGAGCAUCGGUUAAUUGAUGACAUGGUGGCUUAUGCUCUAAAAAGUGACGGUGGAUAUGUUUGGGCAUGCAAAAACUAUGAUGGAGAUGUUCUGAGUGAUUUACUUGCUCAAGGAUUCGGUUCUUUGGGCCUUAUGACUUCUGUAUUGUUAUCCUCUGAUGGGAAAACACUAGAAGCGGAGGCCGCUCAUGGGACUGUAACUCGUCAUUUUCGGCUUUAUCAGAAAGGACAAGAAACCAGUACAAACAGCGUUGCUUCCAUAUUUGCAUGGACCCGAGGACUAGAACAUAGGGCCAAACUUGAUAAGAAUGAACAGUUGUUGGAUUUUGUUCAUAAGCUAGAGGCUGCAUGCAUUGCGACAGUGGAAACAGGGAAAAUGACCAAGGAUCUUGCCAUUUUGAGUCAUGGACCCCAGGUAUCAAGGGAGUUCUAUCUGAAUACUGAAGAGUUCAUCGAUGCUGUUGCACAGUCUCUCAAUUCAAAGCUUCCUGCACCUGCAAUUGUAAUGAAAGAAACUACAGUAUCACUGAGUAACAACGUUGUUCCUAAACGGAUCGACAGGAUCAUGAAGAUAUAUUAUGCUUGUGUUACCCCACUUGUGCAAAAUGAUGUGUAAUUUGAAUGAUUGAGGAUUAUGAUGGGCCUGUAACUCAACCAAGGGUUCCUGAAUCUGAUUGGACUUCUCUCUCUGCAGUAGUUAUGCUCUUAUUGGGAUAUAUAGGGAUCGCACAAAGUGAUAUGAUGUUUAGGUGGCCAAAUUACUGUUGAGUUCAUAAUUAUCGUUGUCCUCAAUCUCAUAUGAAUGGUUCUGUCAUAAAUUAUCUCCAAUGAUAGGUCCGAGUAUUUGAGAU